GGUGCGGUCCAAUAAGCAUGUUCCGUCAGGCCCGAACAAUGCGAUUCUGAAGCUCCCUUGAUUGCGAUUCGAAAACUUCGACUUGGCCGGAUACGGGCCUGAACAAGGUCAGAACCUGACGUAUGCGCCCGCUCUCCUCCCCCCCUCUUCCCCCCUUCGUCAAGGACAGGGAGUCCGUUUCUGGGUUGAUCAGGCCGUCCGGUCAUUCUCUGCCACGAUGAAGGACUGCAGCCAUGCGCAUCUUGUCUUUCCAGCCAACGUUCUGGAAAGACGGGCGCGUGGGCUCGCUAGUCGGCGCCCCUGGUCAUGCUUGACGCCUCAAUGCCUCACGCACACCCCGCCAUCUCCGCCAUGUCUAGCAACAAGAGGCUGCUGUCGACCCGGGGGCUUCUGCCGAUGUCGUCAGUGCAAUCUGCCCGCUCUUCAUGCUGCCCACAGGAUACAGAUAUUCGGUAGCGAUAUCCCAGGGCGGGGGGACAGUGGCCGUCCCACAAUGUCUGACGUCCUCGGCCUGGAGCGGUCUGCCCGAGCAGCAGUUGGGAGGAGACGGGGUCCCGCGUCGUGUCGCACAGCGGUUCGGCUGAUGUUGUUGACAGUCGGCUUAUGCUUUCCUGUCAUCGAGAGACAAUUGGGGGUUAAUGGAGGAGCAGAGACGUGUUCUUCAUGGGAGCUGCGUGUGGCUUGCUCUUGUCAAUUUACAAGACCACCAGCGAGGGCAUCCCAUAUCGGUGGACGAGGGACUUUGGCCUAUGAUGUGAGGAGGACUACUAUUUGCCUGCCAAGGCCCCGGCUAAGCGGCCCUGAAAGGCUGGGGAGUUUGUGUGUGUGGCAAUCAGAUCAAGCACAGAAACCCCAUGUAAGAUUCAGGUACCGAUCCCGAGCAGUCUCUUUGAGCCCAUGUCCUGGUAUGGUUCGGUAAGGUUACUUGCGAAGGGCUUCCUAGUUCCGGCUUGGGCUGACCAUACCUACCACUGCCCCUGAGCUUCACGAGUUGUCAGGCCCCAAUUGACAUGAGAUCUACAAGGCCGUCGUCGUCACCCACAAGUAUUAGGAGGGUAGACUAUAUCUGGUCACAUCCAAAGCUACCCGGCGUUAUCACGGUGCCACCCUGUCCAAGAUGUUGCGAUGGGGGUGGGCCAGUGUGAGGCGGCGCCAGCGCGUCUAGUUUGUUG